AUGGUGGACAACAAAGAAGAGGACAAGGAUUUCUUCAUGACAUACCGAGUGGGGGUCAAGACACCAGCCUUCAACGCAGAUGAUCCACAAUUAUGGUUCGCGCAGCUUGAGGGCCAGUUCGUUCUCUCCAACAUUACUACAGACAACACGAAGUUUUAUUACGUGCUGGCGCAGCUCGAGCCACAACAUUCAGCUCAAGUACGUGACCUCAUAGUGAAUCCCCCCUCCACCGGCAGAUACGAGAAACUGAAAGCAGAGCUUAUUAAACGAUUGUCCGCCUCACAGGAAAGGAAGAUUAAGCAGCUACUCAUGCAUGAGGAGUUAGGAGACAGGAAACCCACCCAAUUUCUCCGCCACCUGCAGCAACUGGCUGGACCCACUGUCCCGACCGACUUCAUCAGAUCAAUUUGGUGCAGUAGGUUGCCGGCGAACCUCCAAACUAUAGUCACGAUGCAAGCAAACUCCAGCCUAGAAGAAGUAGCAGAAUUAGUAGACCGCAUCAAUGACAUCGUUCCAGUAACCGCGCAAGUAGCUGCUACUAGCAUGCCAGUGCCUGGGCAAGUAGCUAGCUCACAGCCCGCAACGAGCCAACAAAGCAGCGCUAUCGAAGCGUUGACACAAACAGUGGCUGAGCUAUCACGAAAACUUGAGGUUAUGAGCUCGCAGUUACGUCACCGAUCUUCCCGUUCCCGUUCUGGAGGAAGGUUUAACCAGAACCGCCACCGAUCACAAUCCCGCACGAGAGACAACCGGUACUGUUACUACCACAGCCGAUUUGGCGACAAAGCCCGCAGAUGUACAGAACCAUGUGCCUAUAAUAAGAAGGCGUUAAACCACCAAGGCAGCCACUAA